AUGUCUGGCCCAACGCUGUCGCUCAAUAUUUACAUCGACCCCUUCAUGCAAGACCCUCCCUCUCCGCUGCAGACUGAGAUGGCCCCACCGACCAGGGUGCGCGACCCUCCCAACGAGAUGGCAGGAUGGCAAGGCAUCGGUGCAGUUUCCGCUCCGUGCGCUGCCCAGGUGGCCAUGCCCGAGCCCACUGAGCCUCUACCGCAGUAG